AUGGUUCCCGUUCGGCUUCUCGUCUGGGACUUGCAUGGACCUCACUACGGCUGGAAUUCCGAAGUACAUCGUAGUAUGUUCCGAAAGACUGCGUUAAUCUUCGUGGCGGACCUGAAGACCCUCCAGCUUUUUGAGAUUCAGUGCUUGCUGAACGGACCCGCGUCGGAGAAUGUCUCAGCAGAGAGAGUCCUGGUGGGCAACAAGGCGGAUGCUGCUGCUCCUGCCAACAAUGAAGAGGCCGAGGCUUUCGCUACGGCGAACGGUUUGACGUACUUCGAGGCCUCUGCCAAAGAUCACGAGAGUGUAGACGCGGUCCUUCGGCACAUCUUGCUUUCCGUGAUGGACAAGCUGGAGCCAAACCUAACGCGUUUUGGCCCGCCGCCAGAGCGGUCGCGCUGCGUCUUGCAAUGA